AUGGGGGCUGCACCCGCCAACCAGCGCAAGAAAGUUACUCUCGGUACCUUGAGGAGUCUGCAUCGAAAGGGGGAGCCCAUCACCAUGAUGACUGCCCAUGACUUCCCCAGUGCCCACGUUGCCGAUCAUGCUGGCAUGGAUGUUAUCCUGGUUGGCGACAGCCUGGCCAUGGUCUCCUUGGGUAUGGAGGAUACCAGCGAGGUGCUCGUUGAAGAGAUGCUGUUGCAUUGUCGAUCAGUAGCCCGAGCCACCAAGAGUGCAUUCACGGUUGGUGACCUGCCCAUGGGCUCUUAUGAGAUCGCUCCUGAGCAAGCACUUGCCACCGCCAUCCGCUUCAUCAAGGAGGGACGCGUUCAGGGCAUCAAGUUGGAAGGCGGCAAGGAAAUGGUUCCCACCAUAGAGAAAAUCACCACCGCUGGUAUUCCUGUCCUCGGUCACGUUGGUCUCACCCCUCAGCGGCAAAACUCUCUCGGGGGGUUCCGCGUUCAGGGCAAAACCUCCAGCAGCGCCAUGAGUCUCCUCGAAGAUGCUCUGGGUGUCCAGGCAGCCGGGUGUUUCGCUGUCGUCCUUGAAGCCGUUCCAGCCGAAGUUGCUGCACUCGUCACCCAGAAGUUAUCCAUCCCCACCAUCGGUAUUGGUGCCGGUGCCGGCUGCUCAGGCCAAGUUCUUGUCCAAACGGACAUGACUGGUAAUUUUCCCCCCGGUCGAUACCUACCCAAGUUUGUCAAGAAGUAUGGUGAUGUAUGGGGCGAGGCAAAGAAGGCCAUCGAGGCCUACCGAGAUGAUGUCAAAGCCCGCGAGUAUCCUGCCAAGGAGCAUACGUAUCCUAUGCCACAGGAAGAAUUUGCCGCAUUUGAAAAGGGAGUCAAGGCGUUGGAAAAUGAAGCUAAUCAAGCUUGA